GUAAACUUGUUUUCAUUCAGUAGAGAUUAAAGUUUCCAGAGUGUCUGAGAAAGCGAGAGAGCUUUUCGCCUAUGUCACCUCUUGCUCUUCUUUGUUUUAUAAAUGCUAAAUUAUAAACGUCAGUUUAAAAGAAAAUGGUCUUACAAAAUAGUUUAGUUGUUCAUUCGAAAGCACACAUACUAAAAAUAUUUGAGCUGCUUUACCAAAUCUUGACAUGGCCAUUUAAAACUGCUGUUGUAAUUUGUGGAUUCAUCCUUAAUUUUUUUCUUGACCAAGCCAAGUCCAUUUUUCUGAAGCUUUUUUUCCUUUUCCUGAUAUUGGUUGUUCUAAGUUCAGCUGCUGUUUUGUUGUAUGCUACUUUUUAUAAUUUUUACAUCCCGACAGCAGAAAUUAAAAGACCAGUGCAUUUAACUUACAAUGUGUGUUCUUCUGGUGUUGGCGUCUGCUCUUUUCCAUCUGCCAAUGUGACAUUUUGGAAUGAUGAAGGCACUAUUCAAGAGGUUUUAACAGUUGGUCAAGCUUACAUGGUUGAUGUAGAAUUGGAAUUGCCUGACUCAUCUGCAAAUAGGAAUUUGGGCAUGUUCCAGGUGUCAGUGAAAAUGUAUGACAGAACUGGACAAGUUUCUCUUACAACCCAAAGAACAGCUAUGGUCAGGUACAGAUCAAUUGUUCUAAGAAUGCUGGAUUUGCUUCUGUGGAUUCCUUUUUACUUUGUAGGCAUCUCUGAGCAGAAACACAGCAUCAUGAUCAAUAUGUUCACUCAUUAUGUGGAUGACUAUUAUCACCCAUCAGUUGGUGCAACAGUUGAGGUUCAAAGCCACAAGAUUGAAAUUUACACAGCAACCGUUACAUUCUCUGCUAAAUUUUCUGGACUCAAAUAUCUUCUUUACCACUGGCCACUUUUGAGUGGUUUAUGUGCCUUUAGUGUCAAUGUAUUGAUUCUGGCCUUGGGUUUGGCUGUCGCAGCUUAUCAGAGAACAGAAACUUUACAGAAAAUAACAGCGGCAGUGCAGAUAACAGAAAAAGCCGAAGUGACCGCGAAAGAUGAUCAGAAAACAUUUGCCUCCUCCUCAACAAUGACAGAAGAUAAAAAUAUUUCACAAACCAGCAAGAUAGAAAUCAAAGCAGAGGACGAUAUUCUGCCAUUGAUACAAGAACCAGUGGAUUUUGAUUUUGCUGUGGAGAAUACCGACACAGAGGUUGUGAAUGAACUAAGACAGAGAAGCAUUCAGCAUUAAUCUUUUAUCAUACUAAUUAAUAUUGUGAGAAACUUGA